AAAAAAAAACAAAAUUAGUUUUCCAAUCUGUCAUUAAAUCUAAUAAAAAAAUAUCUGUAAAAUACUAAACAAAUAAAAACAAUUGAUAUGAGUCCUAACGACAUCCAUUUUACAUGUGCUUUACCAAAGAAUCUAUGGAUAGAAGAUAUCAUAGCCGACUUGCUGAAUAAAUUACCUGCCAAAAUAUUCGAUGAGUUACAACCGUGGGGAUCGAUUAUAACGCAAUAUCCGUUCAUUCAUAAGUUCACCAUUGCAAAAGCAAUGGAAACAAUAUACAAAGUCCGUAGCGAGAGAACCAUUUUAAAUGAACCAAUAUUUCCAAAAGACUGUCGUGAUAGUGAAGACAAUUUAAAACAAUUUAUAGAAUUUAAGCCUAUACGCAUUAUGAUUACCGGGGAUACAAAUUCUUCAUUUUGUGAAAUUGGCCAGUUACUAGCAAAAGAGUUUAAAACAUUUCUCAUCACUCCGGAAGAAUUGAUUCAGCAGGAAAUAAUUCGGAAAUCCAAUAUUGGUGUAUGGUUAAAUGAUAUUUUAAACAUGAGAAAAGCAGUACCCGCUUGGAUUGUCAUGAAAUUACUCGAAGUUGAAUUAGAAAAAGAAAAGUAUUCCACCAAAGGUUUCAUUUUAACAGGUUUUCCAAUAGUUUCUAAUUUAAAUACAAAUUCUGAUGUUUAUGAUCUACAAAGGGAACUAAAUGGUCAAGAAUUUAUAUUUUCAGAAGGAAGUGAAGAUGAAAUUCUUAAAAAUUGUGUCCAAAAGCAAUUAGAUUUCAUUCGAAGUUUAUGCUGUCGCCCAGAUUAUAUAAUUUAUCUAGACACUAACAAUUAUACCAAAAAAUUCACUCAAACAAUUGAAGUUUUUCAAAAGUUCAUUCUUUUCUAUUUUCGAGAAAAUGUUAUUCGAAUAGAUUCUCGAAUUGGAGCUGAUGCCACUUUUAGUUCGAUCAAAAAUCGCUUUAAAUAUAUAAAUUACAAACUUAACUAUGAGUGUUUCGUUAUGAAUGAAUGUGAAAAAGACACAAUGAGCUUAGAAGAGCUAUGUGAUACCGAAAAAGUUUUACCAAACUAUAGGUGGUGGAUUUCAAAAUUUGGACAAAUCUGUCCUGUUAAUUUAUACCACGGAAGGUUACGAUUGUGUGAUAGUAAGUUUCCGGUUCGCUACUUAAGUAACAUAUUUUUAUGUUUAUCUCAAGAGAAUCGAACACAGUUUGUUGAAAAUCCUGGAAAAUACAUGAAUCUAAGACCUAAAUGUCGUAUUGCAGUGAUUGGUCCUCAUAAAAGUGGCAAAUCGACUUUAUCCCGAUUUCUAGCUAAAUUUUUAAAAGCGGAUAUUUAUAAAAGUCAUAUACAGAAAUCACAUGAGAUUUACAAGAAUUUUGAUUUAACCGAAAAAAUUAAAGAUUUGAAUGAUGAAUUCGUGCGAGAAAGUUCAAGAUUAAAGCAAAAUAAAAUACAAGAGUGGAGUGCAAAUGUACUAAAUAUCCUAAAUGAUAUUGUAUCAAAAGCUUUAGAGGAAACUCAGAGAAACCCAAACUUUGAUUUGUUUAUUUCAAAAAAAGCUGAUCAGUAUUUUCAAAACACACAAACGAGUAAAACGUCAGAUGAAUAUACAAAAAACCUUGUACUUGAAGAUAUGAUUUUUGAAAAAAGCCUGGAAAAUAUUACCUCGGAGAGCUUUUUAAGUUGGCUUGAAUCAAAAACAAAAACAGAACUCUUGUAUCCAUAUUACGUAAUUGAUUCUGCUCCUUUAGAUAUCGAUUUUUGGAUGAAUUUGCUUAGACAAGAUGAAUUGCCAGACUGCGUUUUCUUCUUAAAAAUCUCUUCCAUUAAGAAAUUUUUCGAUAUUUAUAGUUUAAAGCACAACAUAUGUUGUGUUAAUGAAAACCAUAUCUAUAAUACCCUAUGCUCUAAGUUUUUAGACUUUAAAAAUGUUUUCAAUGCAAGUUUUGAAGAUAAUAAUCCCAAAAAUAGCUUUAACCUGGAGUCUGUUCAAAUAAACAGCAAUUUUUUGAUCGAAAAAAGACAUAAAAAUGCAAUGAAAUUUAUUGAAAAAUAUGAAGAAAUAAAAAUGUUUCUUCAAUCAAAUAAUAUCAAAUGCAUCGAUGUUGAUAUUUCGAAACAAACAUGGACUCAAUCAAUACUGAAUGCUCUUAUUGAAUACAUGUCAAUCUAUCAACCGAAAGCGGAAUCAGAAAACUAUAUUUUUGACAAUGAAAUGGAAGCAUUUUGCGAAUCUGCUUCACUGUAUUCGAGUAUUGAAACGGACGAAGAAUCCACAGAAAGUCAUUAUCCUGUCACAAAUUACAAUUACAACUAUGGCAGUUGUCUAGAUUGGUGUCCAGUUUCUUUGUGUAAAUACAAAAUUCUUAAAAAAGGCAAUCCAAUCUACAGUGCCCAAUACAUGAAUAAAAUAUACAUCAUGCAUUCAAGAGCUGAUUUAAGUGAAUUUCUUUCAAAUCCAAUGUUGUAUGCACGAAGCAAUUUCUCAGUUCCACCACCGAGAAUAUUCAUUAUUGGACUAAAUCAUCGAAACAAGAAUAAUUUUGCAGAAAAUUUAGCCUCUAGUUUGAAUGUUGAAAGUUUCUCUUAUAAACAAAAUCUAACAACGAUGCCAUUUAAUGCUAUGGAUAGUGGAGAAUUUCCAAUUCAACAUUUUAGAAAAUAUUAUAAUAAAAUCAAGGACCAAUUUUUGGAAGAACUAAGGGGAAAUUAUGAGAAAGGAGUUGUUGUCUUUGGAUUUCCUUUUCUUUUGGAACAAUUUAAUGAUUUAAUUGAAAAUAAUCUUCAUCCGGAAUGUGUUUUGAUGUUUGAUGAUAAAGAAGAAACAUUACAAGCAUUUUAUCGUUAUUUUGGAAGAUUUCAAAUGAUGCAAGUUUUGAGUGGCACUGGGGUGGAUCUGAAUGAAGAGUCCUCUCCAAAUGUACGAGCGUCAAGUAUAACGUCUUACAUUGAUUCACUGCCACAAAAACAAAAGCUUGAUAUUGAAUUGAAAUCCUACCACUUAAUGCAGCUAUUUCAACAAGAUAUUCUCAAAAUAGAAGAGCAAUGUCUUAAACUAGGCAUACCUAUCCUAAAAGUUCCCAAGACUUAUAAACUAUCAAAACAAGUUCAUUCAUUGGUUGAAACAAUAAAUAAUCAUCGUCAUCGUGAAGCAUUAUUUGAAAGCGUCAAAGAGAUCACAAUGCAUGAGAGUGAAGUUUUAUUAAAUUCUGGUUAUUAUCGAUUCAGUCGUUUCAAAUACUCUUGUCCAGUAGAUGUAAGUCGGCUAAUGACACUUAAUCAAUUCGAAGGAUUGCGGUUGCAAGGCAAAGUUUAUCCUUGCAUUUAUCUGGACUUUAUUUAUUUUAUUUGUGGAAAAAAGAAUCUGAAAGAUUUCAAAUGGAAUCCUCUUGCAUUUAUAAAUACCUGCAAUCCACCCCAGCUACAAGAUCCAAUUAGAAUUGCUGUGUUUGGAGCUUCAAAAUCAGAUGUCUCAACAAUUUGCCACACCGCGGCAAACGAAUUUGGAUUAAAGAUACUUAGUCCAAAGCAUUUAAGGGACCACACUGAUUCAGCUGUUAUUGAUCUACUUAAAAUGGAAAAGUCAUCGACUCCAAAUGGAAUAAUCUUGGACAAUGUUCCCUUAACUCCGACACUCUUGCAAGAAGCCGCUAUAAGUACAGUGGACAUAAGUGUUGUGUUUAUACUUGUCACUAGUUUUCACAAAGUAUUAGAAAAUUGGUCAAUUCAGAAUAAAAAUUUGAAAAACUCCCCAAGUGUAUCGAUUUCGAAAAUUCAUAAGAGUUUUUGUGAAACAUUGAAAGCAUUAAAAUGCCUUCGAGCAUCAAAUGCAACAUCAUUGCUAAACAUACACUUUAUAGACGGCGAUGUAAAUAGUUGGACAAUGUGGGACAAAAUAAGAAAUGAAAUAAUUAAGACAACUCGCUGCAUUACCAGCUACAAAAUAAAACUAAUAAAAAAUCGAUGUGCAAAUCUUGGUUAUUUAAAUAUGUUCUAUGAUUCAUUGGUAUUCAAACGAGAAAUCAACCAUUUUUACUGUCAAGCAUGCCUAUCUCUAGGCAAAUUGAAAGCUUUCAAGUAUUUCUAUAUCAAUGUAGGACCUGAAUUCUACUCUGAAAAAUGCCAAAACUUACUCAACCAACCGUAUGGCUAUACGAACGAUGAAAUCUAUAAGAUUUACAAUUUUAGCAAGCCAUUCGAAGCCAAUGAAUUAAUUGAACCACUUACAACACAAACUAAAAAUGUUAUGUGUAUGUUUCAAUACAUACACAUAUUUUACUGGGCUUGCAAUGAUCACACAAUUAACUUCAUGCUCAAUACCCCGCAGUAUUUUAAGGAUUCAGAGAAGCUUAAACCUUUGUAUGUUCCAUUUUUGGUUAUUGGUUAUACAAAAGAAUUUGUGGCUUUUCAAGGUUAUUGCCCAGUUGAAUAUGAAAAUGGAAAACUUGUAAAAGGAUCUAUGAACUUGUCCGUGUUUUAUCGUAAAAAGGUUUAUCUUAUGGCAAACAUUGAAAAUACUCAUGAAUUUCUGACAUUCCCUGAGAAAUAUCGCAACAUAAAAUUUGAUCUAUGCUCUCAUACCCAACAAAAUGGAAUAUUUCGGGGAUUGAGUGAGGAUAUAAUAGGAAAUACUCUUCUUGAAGUAUCAAAUUUAAGGCCGAUGCAUUUUGCGUUAGAUGGCCGACUGUCUGCUACAACUUUUAUAGCUUUAAAGCUACAAUUUCUGAAUUCUUGCCCCAAGUACAGUGACUUUUGGCACACUUUGGUUCACAAUUUUUCAAGGGAUUGCAAGAAACUUAACGAAGAAAUGAAGAAAUAUCAGCAAAACCUGAAUCGUUUAAAAGACGAUCCAAAUGAAACAAAUAUUUAAACUAAAUUAGAAAACUUAUUAAUAAAUAUAAUUUUUAUUUACAAUAAAAAAAUGCUUAUAAUUUUAUUUUUUUAUCUUC